AUCCAAGAUGGCAGACAGGCCGUUUGAGCCGUGAUAGUACGGGAUUGUAGGAGUGUAAUUUCUAGGUGUGUCAUUCUAAAUAUUGAACUAGAAUGUCUCCCGAAUUCUUGACUAAAAUCUUGUACGAUUAUUCUGACAAUGUGAAACUACGUCCUCGCGUAUCGUGCGCUAGGUUUAGGUAACGUUUGUGCCGGGACAUAUGUAAAACGGUGAUCGAAUUGUGUUAUUCGGUGUGUCGUGUACGCGAUUUAUUCUGGUUUAAUGGUAAAUUAAAAUGUGGAAUAUGAUGUGCGACGUGAUGCCCACUAUAUCGGAAGACAGUAUCAGCCAGAGGAGUUCGCAGUUUUCUGGCGAAGAUGCGAAUUUCGAGCAGCUUAUGGUGUCGAUGCUCGAUGAGAGGGAUAAGUUGGUGGAGAGUCUACGGGAGACGCAGGAGCGGCUCGGGGACUCAGAGCUCCGCCUGAAGGAGGUGGAGAAGGAGCGGGACUCGUUGCAUCGGCAGAUCGCAGCGAACUUGCCUCAGGAGUUUGCUACGCUCACGAAAGAGCUCAACCAAGCGCGGGAGCAGCUGUUAGAGCGAGAGGAGGAGAUCUCAGAGCUCAAGGCGGAGAGAAACAACACCAGGCUACUACUCGAGCACCUAGAAUGCCUAGUGUCUCGUCACGAGCGCUCCUUGCGCAUGACCGUAGUCAAGCGGCAGGCGGCGGCCCAAUCAGGAGUCUCCUCCGAGGUGGAGGUCCUCAAGGCCCUCAAGAGUCUCUUCGAGCAUCACAAGGCGUUGGACGAGAAGGUCCGGGAACGGUUACGAGUAGCGUUAGAAAGGAACACAGCAUUAGAAGAAGAACUAGCGUUAACCAAAGAAGAACUGCAACAGUACAAAUCGGGAUCCGACUCGGAGCGGCCCAAGGAGAAUGGUGCAGUGAGCACCGGCUCGCCAGAGCAGAACGGCGAGCAACUCCAAACUAAGGAGGGUAGCGUUAACGGAGACGACAGGAAUACGACCGAGCUGCAAAACACGAUCGCCAAGCAGUCGGCAGAGCUGAGUUCGUGGCAGCGGCGCGUGGCGGAGUUGAACAACAAAGUCAGCGAGCUCGAGGAGCGGUUGACCAAAGGAGAAAAGGAGUUGGCCAAGAAACAGGACGAGUGCGUGAAACUCCAGCGGGACUUGCGUGAGAACGGCGCGCAGAAGGAGGACCAGGAGGAGCGGAUAGCGACCCUGGAGAAGAGGUACCUGAACGCGCAGCGCGAGUCCACGUCCCUGCACGACCUCAACGAGAAACUAGAGCAGGAGCUGCAGCACAAGCAGGCACAGCUCAAGCUCCAAGAGGAGAAGAUCGCCGCCAUCGAAGAGAAGCUGGAACUGUCGUCGCAGAAGUUGGCGCAGAUGUCUUCGCUGCCCGAGAUGGAGGAACAGCUCAAGGCGCGCAUGGAGGCGCUCAGCCAGGCCCAAGAGCGGCACGGAUCAGCCGAGGACCGUAUCCAGCGGUUAGAAGCCAGCGUUGAAGAGAAGAACGCCGAGCUGAUGAGGCUGAACCAGCGAUUGAGGAUGAACGAGGAGCACAAUACGCGGCUCAGUGCUACGGUUGAUAAGCUGUUGUCAGAGUCUAAUGAUAGGUUACAAGUGCACCUCAAAGAGCGAAUGCACGCGCUAGAUGAGAAGAACGGUCUGACGCAAGAACUUGAGAAGACGAGGAAGUACGCCGAAGAACUGGUGGCGGAGAAGCAGGAUAUCCUCAAGGAGCUCGCCAAGUGGCGCAUGGAGACUGAACAGCUGAAACGACAAAUGUUGCAACAAGAAAUAGCGUUUAACAUUCAACAAACCGACGCCCUCACGAGAUCACUCUCGCCGGGCGCGCCUCCACAGCCACCACCGCAAGCUCUUUUCCAGACUAAGUUGGAUGGGUCGUGGGAGAAGCUACAGCAAGCUCACGUACUAGCAAACGUACAACAGGGCUACGAUGUCUCCAGCGACGCAGAGAACGAUGAAUCCGACGGCGGUGUAGAAGGCGGGCACACGGACGCCGCAGCCCUCGCGCUGAUGUUACAGGAGCAGCUCGACGCCAUCAACACAGAGAUCAGGCUGAUACAGGAGGAGAAGCAGAGCACCGAGGCCAGGGCCGAGGAGCUGGAGUCCCGGGUGGGCAGCUAUGAGCACAUGAAUGUGCUGUCGCGACGGGGUGAUUCACCCCCUCUCGCCGCUUCACCGUCGCGACCGCAUCUCGCGCCGAUACACAAAUAUCAUACGUUACAGUUGUGCGAGGACGGCGUCGCGGCAGAAGGCGCCGAGUCGCCGCUGACGGCGCGCUCGCUGCGGCUCGAGCGGGCGGCGCGCGCGCUGCACGCCGAGCGGGAUCGACUGAGGACGCACUAUCCUGCGCCUUAUGACUCGACUUCAAUAAUGUCAGGAUCAAUGACGCGGAUCCCAAUACACAGGCCACUAAAUGUCAGUGUUCCCAGCAGCUCGAGCCAAGAGUCCCUCGGCGGCCUCACGGCGUGGGGCGGGGCCUCGCCCGGCCUCCCGCGAGGGGUUGCGGCCGCGGCCUCGGCUGUUUCUAUAGCGUCGAUGCAUCAGCAGAAGAAACGGGGAAUCAAGAGCUCGUUGGGGAGAUUCUUUAGUAAGAAGGAGAAAGCUGGUAUGCCGAUGCAGCAAGGCGGCCAACAGAGAUCGCUGUCGUCCGCGUCUUCGUUAGGAUUAUCGUCGUUAGCCGACGAUGCGCCGGAGGCAGCUCCCGCGCCUCUAGUACAAGAUUACGCUCGCAAUAAGAGCAAAGACCGCGACUACCGACACGAACUACUAGGAGAAGCUAUGCGCGCAGGCACACCCUUCGCGCUGUGGAACGGGCCUACCGUGGUCGCGUGGCUCGAGCUGUGGGUCGGCAUGCCGGCGUGGUACGUGGCUGCUUGUCGCGCUAAUGUGAAGAGCGGAGCCAUUAUGUCGGCUCUGUCUGAUCAGGAGAUACAGAGAGAAAUUGGCAUCAGUAACCCCUUGCACCGGCUCAAACUACGUCUGGCUAUUCAAGAGAUGGUGUCUUUGACGUCACCAUCGGCGCCGAGAGGGACGGCAUGUGCGGCCCUUGCCUUCGGAGAUAUGAAUCAUGAAUGGAUCGGCAACGUCUGGCUGCCAUCAUUAGGAUUACCUCAAUACCGCACGACGUUCAUGGAGUGUCUGGUGGACGCGAGAAUGCUCGAACACCUCACAAAGCGAGACCUCCGCACACAGCUCAAAAUGGUCGACAGCUUCCAUAGAACAUCCCUACACUUCGGCGUGGCGUGCCUGAAGCGCGUGGGCUACAGCGUGCGCGCGCUGGAGGAGCGGCGCCGCGCGGCCGAGCUGUGCGCGCGCGACGUGCUCGUGUGGAGCAACGAGCGCCUGCAGCGCUGGCUGCUCGGCAUCAACCUGAAGGAGUACGCCAACAACCUGGUGGAGAGCGGCGUGCACGGCGCGCUGAUCGCGUUAGACGAUAACUUUGACGCCAACAGCAUGGCGCUCGCGCUGCAGAUACCCACGCAGAACACGCAGGCGCGGCAAAUUCUCGAAGUAGAAUUCGCGAACCUUUUACAAACCGGUACGGAACGCGCGGCGCGCAUGACGCACGACCACCAGGCCGCCUCCUGACACCACACCAUGAACUAGGCACCGAGGCUACCCGUGUCCACCGCCGACAACUGUCGGCCACCACCGACAACUGCCGGCCACCACCGACAACUGUCGGCCACCACAGAAAACAGUCGGGAAACCGGCAUCUACCGGCAGAAACUAACUGUGAAUAAACGUUUAAUUUAAUUUAUUUGAUUGGUACAAACGGCAAGUGAUACACAGUUUUUUAUCUUCCAUAGACAUAUGGAAUUUUUAUUCCGGCUUUUAGACGUCGGCAUCAAGUGGUAACAUUCUGUAGUAAAAUCAACUCUAGAAUUACAUUUGUAAUGUAUACGACUUGAGUUACUGUUUUAAUGGUUUCGUGUGCGACAAUAUUUGUGAAAGACGGUUUCAGAGCUAAAAUAGUAGCGGAAAAAUCAUAUUUUAUCACUCUUAAGGACAUAUUUAAUCAUAUAAAUAAUAUUUGGUAUUUGAGAAUCAUUAUUAAUUCAAAAUAAUAUGUGGCAGAACGUUCUGAUUAGCUUAUAUCAAAAAAGUCAAAAAAAUAGGGGUUAGUUCCAAAACGAGUACUUUCAUAAAUAUUUGUGUACGAUACUAUAGUGUUUCUUUAUUUUUAACGCUAGUACAAAUUUCUCUGAAUAACAAUAAAGUAGGCAUAAAUUCUUUCAAUGACGUAUUUUUACACUACUUUUUACUGUAGAAUGUUGCCAUCUUUACAUCGUUGUUGAUAAAAUAAAAGUUACAAUAAAAGUUGUCAUUACUGUUAUACAUAUAACUAUUAAACCAGUUGUAGCUACAUUAUGCUUUAUUAUAUAAUAUAUAAUACAGAAGUGCUCUGAUACUGUUAGAUUUACUAUGUACUUAACAUUUAUUCCGAUAUUUAUAAUAUUAAAAACAAAUAAAUUAAAUAUAAUAAAGCGGUCGCCAGCGUCUUGAGAAAAUCAUAGUCUAAAAAUGAAAUACACUCACAACAUCAUUAAUACUUGUAUUAUAAUCAUCUCUAUACUUAACUUCCUUUACUACUUAACUUUCUUCAGUAUUCCGUUAAAUAUAUCAAAUAUACAUUUUCAACCUUUUAAAUAUAAGAAUAUAGUUCCAAAUUGAACUAGUAGUUAGGCUAUAAUUUUCCCAAUUUGACGCCCAUACGACCGUUUCCGACAUUUUCAUACUCUGAUGCCAAAUAUUAGUUACACAAACUAAUAUACUUAGAGUUAAACCUGCCAGUAGUCCAAACAUUAGGUACUGAGACGUGAACGCCUUCACUUUGCCAUAUUUACCAAACAUCCAUAUUGCUUCUUUCUCUUGGCAUAAAAACAAAAGAGUUUCAAAGAGGCAUUUGGUAAGGGCAAGUGAAGUGCACGGCAAGGCUCGGAACCGGUUUUUUCUUCAUAAAAAAAAACCGGUAUUAUUACGUUCUUUUUCGUUCUUUGGUUUAUUAUUGAAUUUUUAAUGGGACAAUCUAAUAAUACGAAGUUGUUACCUAAAUACAUGAUUCAGUCCUACGUAAAGAGCAUAAAUUAAUUGAAAAUGUUGGGCUAUUUCGGGUUUUUAAAAAAAACCGGUUCCGAGCCCUAGUGUACGGUCGAGUACACAAACAUCUUACAAGCCAAUCUUUCAAUAGUUAUUUACGAUACAAGUGCGGAAAAGAGGAAAUUCGAAACGAGUGGCGAUAAAUUAAAAUACGACCGCAGGGAGUGUUUUAAAUCAACACGAGUUUCGAAUUACCUAUUCGCACGUGUAUCGUACAACGUUUUACAGUACAUAUGGCCCUUUAAACUUUCGACAUAUGAACGAAAAGUGCUAUUUGACGCACUAGUGCGAGAAAGUAGCACCAUAUGUACUGUAAAUAUAUAUUUACACGACCUUAUUGUCAGUGGCUUAGAGACGAGUAAAUAUAUUUUUGGAUCGUUCGCUUGUAAAUAUAUUUGUCAUCUCGACUGUACUAAAGUCAAGACAAACAUCACUUUAUGGUUGGACGAAAGCAGUCAAUAAGAGUCAACGCUCAGAAAUAAGAUUUGGACAUGUUUAUAAUAGGUGUGCCUAAUGAAUACAGGAUUGGGAAUCGGGAAAUAUUGGCACUGAUUUUUAUUUAAAAUAACUAUUUUAGAAGAACCAUAACUGACUUAACAUACUUUCUAAAGCUUCUAACUUAUUCGAAUCUGGGUUAUAACCGGGAAAAUCAAAGUUCGCAAAUUGCGGCCAUGUUUCUCUGACGCCUUAAUUGGAGUAAAUGAGAAAGAUGCCCGUAAUCUACGAACUUCGGUGUUCGCGGUAGGCCCCCUGUCCUUAUCAGUUAUUGUGCAGAUUAACAGUUGUUAAUUAUUAUAACCCUUAAAACGUCAAGAACGCUUAAGACGAAAGUCGAGGACCUGCACGAAAUCGCCUUUUCAUACAAACGGACUACGUUUGUCAUUUUCCUCUCUGGAUAUUAACGUUAUUGAAAAUAUUUUGACACAAUUUUUGUAUAUCAACCUCAGCUAUGCCUCUACGUUUGUUUUUUUUUCGAAUUUUUAAUUAUUAUAAGUUAGGAGCAUUUAAUUUUUUUAGUGAAAUCUUUUUUUAUGCUCCUAAUUUUUACAAUAAUCAAAAAAUCGAAAAAUCGAGCAUAGCUAUGGUUAAUAUACAUCAUAUUAUGUUAAAAUAUUUUUCAUAAAUUUAAUAUCAUAAUUCAUUAUGUUUUAUAUUUUCCUAUUACUUAUAGGCAAUAACUCAAAUGUCCUGUAACUUUUGUUAUUAAUAAAUUAUUAUGAUUAUGAUUAUCCAGAGAGGAAAAUUGGGACUACGUUAGUUUGGAGAAACGGCCGUCCCCUUUCCUCUUAAAGACGUUGUGACUUGUGAGUAAAUAAGCCUAUAACAGUUAUAUUUAAGCGUUUACAUACGGUGUCAAAGUAACUUUCACGGUUUCAAGUAAAAAGGCUCAGACAGACUAAAAGUUUCUCGAAUGUAACAGUAGCGACAUCUAUAUUAAGAAACUGAAACUUUCCCACGCGUCUACUCCCAUACUGAUCAAAUAAAGUUCUUCAUUCUUCCUCUGAGUCGAGUGAAUGAGUAUAUACCCAUUCGAAAAACUCGUUUAAUGUUUUACUGGUGUCAUUAUUUCCUAUUCUCUCUCUGGGCCUGUAUACCAAGUGCCUCGCUGAGGUGUGUAUAUAAUAGCUUAUGUAGUUGAAUGUGUGCCUCCGAGUGUUUGUACAUCCAUAGUAUUAGGCGGUACACAUUGGUGUGCGAGCGGGACGUCACUAUAUACGUCUCUUGCUCACACCGGUGCUUGCGGUGCAUCAGUGUGAUGACUGCGUUACCACAUUAUAAAGGUGUCAACAAUAUUAUUUUGUUUUUAUACUAUGUUUUUGUGAUGGUUUCACAUUUGAGAUUGUUAUGCUGGGUUACAUUGCUAUUCUGGUUGUUUUAAAUGAAUUUUAACGUCGGAUAUUAUUUUAUGUUUAGCAAUAGUCAAUUUUAGCUAUUUUUACGAAAUAACCUUUAUUUUUAUUCGCGCUUUACUUCAAUAAUCAUAGAUAUAUAUUUUUUUAUUGAUGUAAUGUAAUCCAGUAAACACAACAUUGUCAAUGUAAAAAAAUGGUGUCGACAAAAUGACUGUGUUUGCCGACAGUUGAAAUUGUUCCGGUUCAUUCUUCUCGCUUCUGAGUAAUAUGAAGUUCAGAACGAACCAAAUAUUACAAAAGAAUUCCAAGGAUACAUUGAAUAGAAUAAGAACAUUCAGUUGAUAUUGAACUGAAAGAUUUUAGCUGUCGGUAAUGGCUUGGUUUCGAAGGGUAUCAGGUGCAUUGCAAAGUCGACUUUACUCUGUGCUAAUAAAGAAGACUUAAAUAAAAUGGAUUUUGUGAUCCUUCGUAGUUUUGAAAGGAAGCCCGGUUACUAGUCUGUGUACAGUGUUAUGCAGUUGUGUUAGAUUCUUAUAUUUUAUAAUACGCAUGUUGCGGCCCACUGUGGAGCGACGCCAUAUUUGUGGUUGAAAAUGAGAAUUUUCUGUUUUUCGACGAUAACUUUUUAUUGUUCUUACAAAAAUCUAUGAAAUUAUAGGAUCUUGGGAACCUGUUCAGGGUUAUCGCUCCUUAUAUUUUACGAUUAUUUGUCAACACCAUAAAAAGUUAUCAUGUAUUAAGUAUGGUGUCGUUCCACAGUGAGCCGUGGCUGCAUUAGAUAUAUUUUGUUAAGCCAUUACAAGCAACCGUCUUGCGCGUACGACACUUUUUAUAUUUAUUUUAAUUUGGACUUUAAACUAAUCUAGUGUCGCGCGCUCAUCACGCUAUUGUAACAUCUACGGUUAAUGAAAUAAAGAUUAUAAUUGUAUAGCUAAACAAUUUUAAUUUUAAUCUUCUUAGCGAAUAUUGUAAAUAUGGUUUGAUAGCGAUUACGGCCGCCCGUGCGGACAUAGCAAUACUUAGCUAGCUAGGAUGUGUUCAAACUUUACAAGAUUAUUUUUAAUAUUUUAUCGCUUUACUAUUUAUUAACUAGGACUUAUUAUUUAUUAAGUUUUAACUACUAGUUACUACGGAGCUGUAUCUUCUAAUUGGUUACGAAAUACCUCGUGUAAAUGUUACGGUUGUCUGAAUCACAAGUUUAUUUUAAGCGUGAAGGAACAUUAAAGGGCUGCUAUGUACUUUGAAUAGGUAUCCAAUAACUGUGUAUAGAGUAACGAGUAACAGUAUUAAUAAAUUAGGUGGGUGUUACGUGUGGUCACAGUGUGGAAAUUAUAUUAAAAAGUUAAAACGUAGCUAACUUCGGAAAUGUACUAAAUAUUUUGCCACGCAUUUUGGAACGCACCCUUAUUUUGCCGCGGUUUUUUUGACAAGUGUCCUUCUUUCUUUUUUUAGCUUUUGCGAGUUGGAAUUGUAAACAGGCUUCCAAAAAAACCGUUUGCAAAAAUAUUAAGGGCGUUGUCAUUUCAUGAAAAAAUACUAUGAAUAUUUCGUAUUCAGAUAGUGUAAUCAAAAAUAUUUAAGUGGCUAACUUUGGGCAUCAUGUAACAUUGUAAUUGACUAAAACAAUUGGACAUUGAAAUAUAAAUAACUGAAAUGUAUAUAAAUAAAAGUGUAAUUAAAAUAUGUAUUCAGUUAUUCGAUAUUGGUAUUGCCAGAAUUCAUUACUCUUAUUACCUAUAUUGGUAUUUCUAAUUUACUUUUAACGCUUUUUUUCUGUGUCAAUUUCUGUGUAGAUAUGCAUCUAGUCAACUGAAGCAAAACUAAUACCGAAUAACUGGGCUGUGUUUUACAGAUAAAUUAGUUGCAAUUCUACAAAAUAAAAACUAAAAAAAGCUGUUUUGGCAUUUUAACAAUAUUGCCAGUUUUUAUUUUUGUAGAUAUUUUAACUGGUAUCGUAAAACGCGGUCGGGGUGGGGUAGCGAGAGCGAGACAGCGAUAUGCCCGCGUCUCUAUAUCAUACAUACACAUCAUUGUUUCAUUAUCAAUGAAAUAUAUUAAACGACUACAUAAAGUUUUAUAUGCGACUACGUUUACAAAAUGGUUAUUUAGUUAUUUGUUAGUGUAUAGCUUUUCGAUGUAGCUACUUUUUUGUAUAAAGCUCGUUCGUUAGUAGGAAAUGCGAAACGGUUUUUCUAAAACCGUUGCUUGGUUUCCUGUUUAGCAUAGCGCGGUUAGUGUACAGUGUAUACUGGCCGUUAGUAGUUCGCGUCCGUGAGAGUCGAAAUUUAAAAAAAAAAACGGCUCCGUCAAACGUCCAUGACCCCUCUAUUCCGAUUCCUCCUAAAGUGCCAACGUUCGACAGACGGUCGCGGGCUAACAAUAAAUAGAAUAAUAUGGCCGCUCUAAAAAGUACCUAAUUCAUCAAUUUUUUUUGUUAUUUCUAGGACUUUUUGUAGGCGAGUGCGAAAAAUGUGUAAACGUAAAAAUGUCAAAACACUAUUAUUUCUUAUAACGAUCGAAAGGGGUCAUUUAAAUAACAAAAAUAUUUACACAAGGUAUGUUUUAGAGCAGACAAAAUCCUGUCCACAUUCCACCGAGCUGUCGAACAAUAUUCCAAGUCCCAGUGGCUCGCUAGUUCGCUACCAAAGAAUAAAGUUACCUUCACGUUAAGGUUGUAUGAUAGGUUUUUAGUGAAUUCCAUUGUAUUGUAUAUAAUUUUACAUAAUUUGCAUAGCUUCGUUGACGACAUAUAUCGCAUCGUAGCUCCGUGUGCCCGUGCCCUGCUUACAUUCCAAGCUUUCCGUGUUGCCGCUUUCAUAGACCAUAGACAAGUUUAUAAUUUUUUAAUCUCCAUACAAAGCCACAAAUAGCGUAACUUAGUGGCCUUUUCAACGCAACGCUAUUUAUUUUAAAUCCCAGAGAACUUACUAGGUGGCGUUGCAUAAGUGGCGACAUCUACAAGAUGGGGCAAGCGAUUUUGUAUGGAGAUUAACAAUUUUACAUGUCUCUGUCUAGACGCAGGGCGGGGGAAUGUAACGGUGAUUAUUUUGACCAAUGUAAUCAGAAUACUGUGUAACCUUUGUAAAAAUAUUUAUCAAAUGUGCGAACGACGUACGUUAUGCAUAAUGAUAAGAGGUAAAUACAAUUUACACGAUACAA